AGUACAUUUUGGUUGUUAUAGACCAUUUCACUCGUUUUGCACAGGCCUAUCCCACCCGUAACAAAGCUGGCAAGACAGCAGCCGAUCGACUGUUCAAUGACUUUAUCCCUAGGUUUGGGUACCCCACCAAACUCCACCAUGAUCAAGGCCGGGAAAAUGAAUCCGACUUGUUCAGCCGUUAGUUGCGGUGAGUUUUGGAGCGUCCAACUCGUGUGCGCUUUUCCUACAUGCUUCUACUUUUAAUUUUCAUCGAAAACUAAUUGGAGAAGAUGGAUUUGGAUUCCAUGAAAUACGCGGAACUGCGCAGCCUGGCAAAACAGUUCGGUCUCAAGGCUAAUUUGAAGGCUGACAAGUUACGGAAAGCCCUCAAGCAGCAUUUUGAUCAACAGCAGAACACACAGGAGGAAAAGAAAGAGGAAUUUGAGGUUGAGAUUUGUCACGCGCCCCCGGUGUUUGUGAACACACGUCGUGGGAGAGCAAAAAACAAAAGAGCCGAUGUGGAGAACGAGUUUUCUACUGAGGACGAAGCCAAGUUGGACGAGGAGUCCGGUGAGGCGGUCUCAGCUGGUCCUCCCCAGCGUGACAACAAGAGGAGACGACUGUCUUCCCCCUCCAAGAUGGAGACUGCAGGCAAGCAAGUUGUUGUGGUGCUGGAAGACGUUCAACUGCCGAGUGCCACCAAGAAUGAAGUUCCACGUCCCAAGGCUAGUAAGAUCCCCCGUUUAAUAGGCGACCUGGCGAAGAUGAAGCCCUUGAAACCAGUCACUCCCAAUUUCAAAAAGCUCCACGAGGCCCAAUUCAACAAGCUGGAGUCCAUCGACGAGUACAUGCAGAGGAAGAACAGGAAGACGGAGCUGAUCCAAAAGCCUGUGAAAGAGCUGAAGGCGGUGAAGCCGAGGCGGUCGUCCAAGUUCACCCCAGCGGCCAACAGCAGCAGCAGCAAGAAGACGACUGAGGACAAACGCAUAGCGACUCUUCUUUCUGCCAGCAAAGAUCCUGCAAAGAAGCUCGCCGGGAAGAAAGACGCGGCGUUCAAGCCGUCAGUCCUUUCCACGCGGAGGAUCAACGUGAGGUUCACGGAGGCCACGCCCGACAACGAGUACAAGAUGUCACUGCUGAAAACGCCGUCCCGCAUGUCCUUCAACGUGGUGACCAGCACAAGAUCCCAGGUGUGCAGAUUUCCGAUCGCCAACAGCGGCUGUGCGGCCGGCCAGCCGGAGACGAGGAGGACGAUGUUGUCGGAGCCGGAGAUGAGGAGGACACAGGCUGAGGAGCUGGCCGUGGUGUUGAAGCCGGCGCUAGCCGUGGUGCAGACGCUGGCGCUGGCCGUGGUGAUGACGACGGCGCUGGUCGUGGUGAUGACGCUGGAACCAGCCUGGGUGCAGGUGCUGGGACGGGGCCUAGUCCGGGUGCAGGUGCUGGUAUGGGCACCAGUCUAG